AUGACAGUUCCCCUAGCAACAAAGAUGCCGGAUUACUCGCUAGAACAAAAGCAGGAGGUGGAGAGAAUUAUGAGUAUCGAGGCCACCGAUUACUAUACCAUUCUUAAGGUGGAGAAAGCGGCAACGGAGACGCAGAUCAAGAAGUCGUAUAGAAAGCUGGCGAUGAAGCUUCAUCCGGACAAGAACAAGCAUCCACAGAGUUCUGACGCAUUCAAAAAGAUUGCCAAGGCUUUUGAAGUGUUAGGCGAUGACAAGAAGCGGAAUUUCUACGAUCAGACAGGCGCUGAUCCAGAUUCUCGAGGAGGUGGAGGGGGUGGAUCAGCAGGAGCUGGUGCCGAUAUGGCCAACGGAGGCUUCGGGGGAGGUAGAGCGUCACCAUUCGGCAAUGGAUCACAAUUCUUCUACACGGGUACGCCGUUUGGAGGUGCGAGAGGAGGUGCGGGAGGAGGGAUGUUUGAGGAGGAUUUAUUUGAUAUGUUGUUCGGAGGAAAUAAUGGCUUCAGCUUUGGAUUUGAUGGAAGUGGGCUUAGGAGGACUACUGGAUUUGGCAAUGGCAACUCUUUUUUCCGGACCAACAAUGGUCCUGGUAUGAGGAGAAGGCCCGCAGAUGCUAGUAGAAGACGUGGUGGAAGAGGUACAGGAGAAGGAGGAGCACAUGGUAAUGGAACACGGCCGGCAGACCAUGAAGCACCGUCUCUCCGGAGUGUUCUCUACCAAUAUUUACCACUCUUACUCGUUUUAGUGCCGAUGCUAUUUAACGUGAUAGUGGAUUCAUUUAAUUCAGGGUCUGGAUUGUUCGAUAGAACGCCAAGUUUCUCGUUCGAAACCUCGCCGGCAUAUUCAGUGGAGAGAACGAGUGAGAAUUUUGGUGUUAAAUACUACAUUACGGCAGAUUCGAAUAGAGAAAUGAGCAAAAGGGACGAUCAUGGAAAGACUGCCAACCGGUUGAAUAGUAAAGCCGAGGAGAUUUAUGUGAGGGAUUUAAGAACGAAAUGUCGCCGUGAGCAAGGCAUCAAGGAAAGAAUGAUCGAGGACAGUUAUGGUUUUUUUUUCCCGGACAAGGAGAAGUUAGAAAAGGCAAAGAACUACGAGACGCGUAGUUGUGAUAGGUUGAAGGAGUUACAAUUAUCGUAA